CAAAUCCGCCGCCGCCGCUGAGUAGUCUUGCGUGUGCUGUGUCUCUGUGUAUGUGUACGUCGUGUGUGUUCGCCGUCCCUCCAAAGUGCGCAGUCUUCGCGUCCGUGCAGCUCCAUCGUGCCAUCCAGAUUUCCGACGAAGCACACACAUACGCGUAUACGCGCGCGCACUUGUCCAGACGAAACUUCGUGCAAACGCCAAGCGAAUAUAUCAGCGUAAGACACCGGCAGAAAGAAACGAGCGCGCGCGCGUGAGUUCGCCCCCGGUCGAUCUUACUUGUUUUACGCCCUCUGCGCGGGGCGGCGCUUUUCGAAGCGCACCACCACCGCCACAACUGCCACUACCGGCACCGCCACCGACACAGUACCAGACCAUGUGGAUCGCCCGAUGUCCGGAGAUGCACCACUGUCGUCAUCGUCGCUGACCGUUGUCUUCCAAGUGACGCGAUGUGCAGCCGAUAACGCCGUCCGAUAAGCACACUGCUGCAGUGAGGAACACUGCGUACUGCACAUACCGCAUGAUAUAAUAUUCGUAAACAUAUCUAGUGGUUGCCAGCCAAGAUGUAGGCGGAAAACUUAAUACGAUCAAGACGCUGCUGCAGAGGAGACGCAUUCACACUAGAGAUUGCCCACUGACAAUCUAAACAUAUAAGCUCAAAUAUAUUAUUCAUAUAACCGAAAAACAGAAAGAAAGAGCGAGACGCUCUGACAGACGGACAGACGAAUCGACGGAAACGCGGAGGUUGGAGAGUAGACCCGCGAUGAAGUCGUCGUCGAGGACGUCAGCCCUGCUGACGGUCGCUGUGGCCCUGAUCACAGUGUGCCGAAUGCCAGGCGCCGGUUGUAGUGACGGCAGUACACCGCUGUCGCCGCACAUGCACCACAACAUAGCGAUACUGCCCAGCGACGUGUACCCGGGAUACGGCAUCAAGCAGUUCGUCAGCGAUAACAAAUACGCAUACUUCCGGUUGCUGGAGACCGGGUUCUCACAGUUCUUCGCCGUGCUCAAGGACGGGCUACUUAUGACUACCACCGACCUGGGGCUGCUAGUCAAGCGGCCCGUCAACCUGGUGGUGUUGGAGGAGUCGCCGAACGCCACGUUCACGCACAACAUGCAGCUGUUCGUGUUGGAGAAGCGCGAGAUGCUCCGGUUCGCCGGCGACGCGGCUUACCCGGACGGCAAAGUAUCGGAGAACAAGCCGCCGGGAACCAGGGUCCGAGGCGUGCCGGUGUUGCACGCGUUCGGCGAAGGCGUAGCCGGGCUGCCCAUACGGUACGCGAUCGUGGACGGAAACGACGACGGGGCGUUCGCGCUCAAGACGGCCGAGAACAUCAUCGCUGGCAACAUAACCAACAAGUCGUACUACCGAGGCGUGCACUUGGUCACCAAGCGGCCGCUGGACAGGGAACAGCGUUCUUCAUACGACCUGAUCGUGCAGGCGGCCGACGGCAGCAGUAUCGAUAAGGCCUAUGCUACCGUACACGUGGACGUGCUGGACGAAAACGACAACAGCCCCGUGUUCGGACAGGCCCUGUACAAGAUCAACGUGGACGGAUUCGCGUUGGGCAUUGACAACGGGACGGCGGGCCCGGGCCGGUACUCGGCUGUGGGCCACGUGUCUGCGUCGGACGCGGACGGCGACCGGGUCGCUUACCGGCUGUCCGCGCCCAGCGCCGCCGUUGUUGUCGUUCCGCAAACGGGCGAGCUGCUUGUGUCCGACGACGUACUCCGGUCUCGCGAGUACUUCGAGUGUCAGCUGACGGUGAACGCGCACGACCUGCGCGAGCCGUCCCGCGUCGCCGAGCGGCCGGCCACCGUCUGGAUCCAGUACAACUUCGUCGUGCUCGACGAUGACGUGCUCAUGCAAGACUUUGGUGCAUACGAUGAUGCAGCUGAUCACCGGGUGUACAAACGUCGGGUGACAAGGGCUGUGCGGCCUACCAAACGGAUAGAGUUCACUGAGACUGAUGGCGAACAGGAGGGUCGGAGUGUGUUCCCACUAGAAAAGGAGACUGAGAAGGAAACGUUCAAGAUCCGGGACGAGAACCCUUGGGUGACAGUCGAGCCGAAUGGCGCCGUCCGGGUCAAGAAGAAGUGGGACUACGAGGAGCUGGGUCCCGAGAAGACUAUCGAUUUUUGGGUGACCAUCACAAACGCAGGCGUCGGAGGAGUGAAAUAUACGGACAAUCAAAGAGUUAUAAUACAUGUAAAAGACGUUAACGACGAGCCUCCGUACUUCAUCAAUCGGCCGCUGCCUAUGCAAGCCGUGGUGCAGUUAAACGCGCCACCAAACACGCCGAUAUUCACUCUUCAAGCACGUGAUCCAGACACCGAUCACAGUAUACAUUAUUUCAUUGUCAGGGACAGAACCGGUGGGAGAUUCGAGGUAGAUGAGCGGUCAGGUGUCGUCCGAACUAGAGGAACCGACCCGUUUCAGUUGGACAUGGAAUAUGUUUUGUACGUAAAAGCUGAAGACCAGAAUGGUAGAGUGGAUGAACGCCGUUUUCAGUCGACACCCGAAGAACGUUUAUCGAUCGUCGGUGGCAAAAGAGCUCCACAGUUUUAUAUGCAGUCAUACGAAGCGGAAAUACCGGAAAAUCAACGAAAAGAUUCUGAUAUUAUAUCGGUAAAAGCUAAAUCGUUUGCUGACCGAGAGAUACGUUACACGCUUAAAGCCCAGGGUCAAGGCGCCGGGACGUUUAAUAUUGGACCAACAUCUGGCAUCGUGAAACUGGCUAAGGAAUUGGAUUUUGAGGAUUUGAGACAACCACAUGUGUACUCAUUGAUCGUCACUGCUACCGAGGAUUCUGGUGGAUUUUCAACGUCCGUUGAGCUCACCAUUCGCGUGACCGACGUCAACGAUAAUGCACCCAAGUUUGAGCUGCCAGAUUAUCAGGCACAUAACGUGGACGAAGAUAUCCCGCUUGGGACUUCCAUACUGAAAGUGAAAGCCAUGGACGCAGACUCCGGUGAAAACGCCGAGAUUGAGUAUCAUGUGAGCGAUGAUCAUUUUGCAGUCGACGCUUCAGGAAUCGUCAAUAACAAUAAGCAACUGGACGCCGAUAACAAUAACGCGUAUUAUGAAUUCGUCUUGACAGCCAAGGACAAAGGGGAACCUCCGAAGACAGGAACGGCUACCAUAAGGAUUUACACAAAAAACAAAAACGACGAAGAGCCAAAGUUUUCGCAGCAAGUUUACACGCCGAACGUUGACGAAAAUGCCGGACCCAAUACGCUUGUAACCACAGUGGUGGCUUCCGACAAAGAUGGUGAUAAUGUCAGAUUUGGAUUCGUGGGCAGUGGCACUUCGUCCGGUCAGUUUGUCAUUGAAGAGAUCACCGGUGUGAUCCGGCUGCACUCGAAAUCGAUAUCACUGGAGAGGGACAAGUAUGAACUGAAUGUAACCGCCGUGGAUGACGGAGCGUGUUGCGUGAACGGCGCAGCGACUAUACACACCAGCACCGCGGUCGUCGUAGUGUUUAUCACCGACGUCAACGACAACAAGCCAGUGUUCAGGGAAUGCGCCAAGUACAAUCCCAAAGUCGAGGAGGGCGCGCCAAAUGGCAGUCCGGUGCUCAAGGUGCAUGCGACUGACGAGGACAAAGGCGUCAACGGACAAGUGAAAUACUCGAUUGUCCAGCAGCCAAAUCAAAAGGGCACUAAGUUCACCGUCGACGAAGAAACUGGCGAAGUUUCUACUAAUAAGGUGUUCGAUCGAGAAGGCGACGAUGGCAAAUUUGUGUCCGUCACGAUUAAAGCUACUGACCAGGGAGAUCCGUCAUUGGAAGGCGUUUGCUCUUUCACUGUCGAGAUAACCGAUGUCAACGACAAUCCGCCACUGUUCGAUCGUCAAAAAUACGUGGAGAACGUAAAACAAGAUGCAAGCAUUGGUACGAACAUCCUAAGAGUGUCAGCUUCUGACGAAGACGCCGAUAAUAAUGGCGCAAUCAUAUAUUCACUCACUGCUCCGUAUCCGGGCGAUGAUUUAGACUACUUUGAGAUUCAACCGGAAUCCGGGUGGAUCGUUUUAAAGAAACCACUCGACCAAGAAAAGUAUCGUCUACGCGUGAGAGCUUCGGAUUGUGGUGUUCCUCCGUCGUACGCUGAGGUCGAUAUUGAAUUAGACGUCGUAGAUCGGAACAAUAAACCUCCUCUGUGGGAACGGAGCGUGUACGGUCCUACACACAUCAAAGAGAAUGUCACAAUCAGUACCAUUGUGAUCUCAGUCAAAGCCAGCUCGGGCAUCGAGGGAAAUCCGACCGUGUUCUAUCGGCUAAUGCCAGGAUCCACAGCGCAGACGAACAAGUUCCACACGUUUUACUUGCAACAGAGACAGGACAACGGUUUCACUUGGGCUGACAUAAAAGUCAACCAUCCACUGGACUACGAAACGAUCAAGGAAUACAAUUUAACUAUUCGUGUGGAGAACAACGGAGCUCAACAACUUGCGUCCGAAGCAACAGUAUACAUUAUGUUAGAAGACGUAAACGACGAAAUACCAUUGUUCACUGAACGAGAACAAGAGACCGUCCUAGAAGGUGAGCCAAUCGGCACCAAAGUUACUCAAGUAAAUGCGAUCGACAAGGACGGCACAUUCCCAAACAACCGGGUAUAUUAUUAUGUGGUCGAUUCGCCACGGAACGAAGGAAAGGAUUAUUUUGAAAUAAACACGGAAACCGGUGAGGUGUUUACAAAAAUAGUUUUUGACAGAGAAAAGCAAGGCGCGUACGCUUUGGAAGUCGAGGCUCGAGACGGAGCACCAUCCGCCAGGCCCAACAACGGCGAAGCUCCGAACUCAGUGUCCAAGUUCAUACGAAUCGGUAUUGCUGAUAAAAACGACAACCCGCCGUACUUUGAUAAAGCCUUAUACGAGGCCGAGGUCGACGAAAAUGAAGAUAUACAACACACAGUACUCACUGUGACGGCGAAGGACCACGAUGAAUCGUCCAGAAUACGUUACGAAAUAACAGGAGGAAAUCUUGGCGGAGCAUUUGCAGUGAAAAACAUGACCGGUGCUAUUUAUGUCGCCGGUCCAUUGGACUAUGAAACGAGGAAAAGGUACGAAUUACAUCUAUCCGCAUCGGACAACUUGAAAGAAAACCACACGAUAGUCGUGAUCCACGUGAAAGACGUUAACGAUAAUCCACCGGUGUUCGAACGGCCUACGUACAGGACACAGAUUACGGAAGAGGACGACCGGAACUUGCCCAAACGCGUCUUACAGGUAACGGCCACAGACGGCGACAAAGAUCGACCACAGAACAUCGUUUAUUUCCUCACGGGACAGGGAAUUGAUCCCGACAACCCAGCUAACAGUAAAUUCGACAUCAAUCGUACAUCGGGUGAAAUAUUCGUUCUCAAGCCUUUAGACAGAGAUCAGCCAAAUGGUAGACCACAAUGGAGAUUUACAGUAUUCGCGCAAGACGAAGGGGGCGAAGGCUUAGUUGGAUAUGCUGACGUUCAAGUGAACUUAAAAGACAUCAACGAUAACGCGCCGGUAUUUCCACAAGGAGUGUACUGGGGAAAUGUAACCGAAAAUGGAACAGCUGGAAUGGUGGUAAUGACAAUGACGGCAGUGGAUUACGAUGAUCCAGCUGAAGGAACUAACGCUAAGUUGAUAUAUUCAAUUGAGAAAAACGUGAUUGAAGAAGAAACUGGCACUCCGAUAUUUGAAAUCGAAUCCGAUACUGGUGUCAUCAAAACAGCUGUAUGCUGUUUAGAUCGAGAACGCACUCCGGACUAUUCUAUCCAAGUGGUUGCCAUGGACGGCGGAGGCUUAAAAGGUACGGGCACUGCUUCCAUCCGCGUGAAGGACAUCAACGACAUGCCACCACAGUUCACAAAAGAAGAGUGGCUCACCGAAGUCGACGAGACCGACGGAUUUAAUUUCCCGGAAACUCCCAUAUUAACCGUAACGGUACACGAUGAAGACGAGACCAAUAAAUUCCAAUACAAAGUGAUCGAAAAUAGUGGUUACGGAGCAGAUAAAUUCACCAUGGUACGAAACAAUGACGGCACUGGAUCGCUCAAAAUUGUUCAACCGUUGGAUUACGAGGAUCAACUACAGAGUAACGGAUUCCGUUUCAGAAUCCAAGUUAAUGACAAGGGCGAAGAUAAUGAUCAUGACAAAUAUCACGUUGCAUACUCGUGGGUUGUUGUCAAACUACGCGACAUAAACGACAACAAGCCACAGUUCGAACGACCCAACAUCGAAGUGUCAGUGUACGAAAACGUGGAAGUCGGCAAAAGUUUGGAAACAUUCAAAGCCACUGACCCGGACCAAGGAGGCAAGAGCAAAGUGUCGUACGCCAUCGACCGUGUAUCCGACCGGCGCCGUCAGUUCCGCAUCAGUCAAGAAGGAACCGUUUCCAUUCAACGGCAAUUGGACAGGGAGGAAACUCCCAGGCAUCAAGUGAAAAUCUUGGCCAUCGACGACGGCGUUCCACCAAAAACGGCAACAGCCACCCUCACAGUUAUUGUCCAAGACAUCAACGACAAUGCUCCAAAGCUUCUCCGUGAUUACCGACCGGUGUUACCAGAACACGUACCAGCCAGAAAAGUCGUCGAAGUCUUAGCUACCGACGACGACGACCGUUCAAAAAGCAAUGGGCCCCCAUUUACGUUCAGAAUGGAUCCAAAUGCAGACGACGUGAUUAGAGCUUCGUUCAAAGUUGAACACGAUCAAAAGGGUGCCAACGGUGACGGUAUGGCUGUAAUCUCAUCGCUUAGAUCAUUCGAUCGAGAACAACAGAAAGAAUAUCUCAUACCAAUCGUGAUCAAAGAUUCCGGUAAUCCCGCAAUGACAGGCACCAGUACUCUGACGGUCAUUAUUCGAGAUGUGAAUGAUAACAAAAUGCAGCCGGGAUCCAAAGAAAUAUUCGCUUACAAUUAUAUGGGUCAAGCUCCGGACACAGAAAUCGGUCGCGUGUAUGUGUACGAUUUGGACGACUGGGAUUUGCCGGACAAAAAAUUCUACCCAGACGGCACUGAACAUCCCCGAUUUAAGCUGAACGACACCACAGGAAUGAUCAUGAUGCGCCAUGGUACGAGAGAGGGCCAAUACCAUUUGCGGUUCAAAGUAUAUGACCGUAAACAUACUCAAACGGACAUUUCUGCUAACGUAACGGUCACGGUCAAAGAAAUUUCGCCCGAGGCGGUUAUGAAUGCAGGGUCCAUACGUAUCGCUGGCAUAUCCGAUGAAGAUUUUAUCAGAAUAUGGAACUAUAGAACACAGAGCUUAGUCAGGAGCAAAGCCGAUAAAUUCAAGGAUAAACUUGUGGACAUUUUAAAUACACCCAGAGAAAAUAUUGACAUUUUUAGUGUUCAAUUGAAACAAAAGUACCCCCCGUUGACCGACAUCAGGUUCUCUGCUCACGGAUCUCCUUACUAUAAAACGGUGAAACUUAACGGUUUGGUAUUGAUGCACCGCGAAGAGAUUGAAAAAGACGUGGGAAUAAACAUCACCAUGGUUGGCAUUGAUGAGUGUCUGUACGAGUACGUAAACUGCGAGGGCAGUUGCACAAACGUAUUCGAAAUAAAUACGCUUCCGUACAUGGUGAAUGCUAACAAGACAGCACUGGUCGGUGUCCGAAUCGACACUUACGCAGAAUGUACUUGCGGAGCCCGAAACUUUACAAAAAUCGAAACGUGCCGAUCAAGCCCGUGUUUAAACGGUGGGCGGUGUACAGAUACCAGAAAUGGGCCGACAUGUGAAUGCCUGAAUGGCUUCAACGGACCCAGGUGCCAGCAGACGGCCAGGAGCUUUAAGGGUAGCGGAUGGGCGUGGUAUCCACCCUUAGAGAUGUGUGAUAACUCUCAUCUAAGCCUCGAGUUCGUAACAAGAAAAGCGGACGGACUAAUGCUGUACAACGGUCCUAUCGUACCACCCGAACCCGAAGAAACACUUGUAUCAGAUUUCAUAUCAAUCGAGUUGGACAGGGGUCAACCGCGUUUACUCAUAGAUUUUGGGUCCGGUACAUUAGAGCUUAAAGUCAAAACAAAAAAGAGUUUGGACGACGGCGAGUGGCAUAAAAUUGACGUAUUCUGGGAUACAGAGAAUAUCCGUUUGGUGGUGGAUAACUGCCGUUCAGCGGACAUCUCUGAACUAGAAGACGGUUCACAUCCAGAGUUCGACGAUACCUCGUGCCAAGCCCAGGGAACGAUUCCGCCGUUCAACGAGUACUUGAAUAUCAAUUCGCCGCUACAAAUCGGCGGCCGUUAUGUACAGGACUUUGACCCCACUCACUACCACUGGCAAUCUGCCCCAUACGGUAAAGGGUUCGACGGCUGCAUCAAAAAUGUCUAUCACAACAGCAAGCUCUAUGAUUUGGCCAAUCCAGGACUUACCAGAAACAGCGUAGCUGGAUGUCCGCAAACUGAAGAUCUGUGCAUGCAAUUGGUCGGCCACAGGUGUUCUGAACACGGAUCGUGCGUAGGUAGUAUGGUGGAACCGCGAUGCGAAUGCAAUCCGGGCUGGUCAGGCGCUGAUUGCCUCACACCCACCAUACCAACCACGUUCCGGCCCCAGAGUUACGUGAAGUACGCCCUAUCGUUCGACGCUGACAAGUUCAUGACAAAAAUUCAGUUGAGGUUUAGGACGCGGGAAGAACAUGGAGAAUUGUUCAGAGUCAGCGACCAGCACAACCGUGAAUAUGCCAUUCUCGAGAUUAAAGACAGCAAACUGCAUUUCCGGUAUAACUUGAACAGCUUACGGACCGAGGAAAGGGAUGUGUGGCUAAGUGCCAUAACCGUUGAUGACGGCAAAUGGCACACGGCCAAAGUAUCAAGAUACGGUUCAUCAGCCAUUUUAGAACUAGAUGGUGGCGAAGGGAAACAUUAUAACGAAACUUAUCGGUUCGAAGGACAUCAGUGGUUAAUGGUAGACAAGCAAGAAGGAGUGUAUGCUGGUGGAAAGGCCGAAUACACGGGUGUUCGAACAUUUGAAGUAUACGGCGACUUCCAAAAAGGUUGUUUGGAUGACAUACGUUUGGAAGGAAGAUAUUUGCCGUUACCGCCGGCGACCAACGGAACACAAUGGGGACAAGCUACCAUGGCCAGAAACGUUGAAAGGAAUUGCCCAUCAAACAAACCAUGUGCCAACGUUAUUUGUCAGGAACCUUUUGAAUGUGUCGAUCUUUGGAACUAUUAUGAUUGCACUUGCGGUGAGGGCAGGAUCAUGACUCCAGACCGCAAAGGCUGCGUGGAUAAGAAUGAGUGCCUGGACAGUCCGUGCCGGAACGGUGGUGUUUGCCUGAACCAAGACCCUAGGAUACGUUACCGUUGCAUAUGCCCGGAUGGCUUUUGGGGCGAGAACUGUGAGCUGGUCCAAGAAGGCCAAAAACUGAAACUUGGCAUGGGUGCACUAGCCGCCAUACUGGUGUGUCUCCUUAUAAUUCUCAUUCUGGUGUUGAUGUUUGUCGUAUACAACCGGAGACGCGAAUCACACAUCAAAUAUCCUGGACCUGAUGAUGACGUCAGAGAAAACAUAAUCAAUUACGACGAUGAGGGCGGUGGUGAAGACGACAUGACCGCGUUUGACAUCACGCCGUUACAGAUACCCAUCGGCGGGUCAAUGAAUAACAUGCACCCGCAGAAAUAUAAAUAUCCCGCAAUGCCUGUGGGUGUAGAACCCAAUGUAGGCAUAUUCAUCGAAGACCAUAAGAAACGCGCGGACGGCGAUCCAAACGCCCCGCCGUUCGAUGACUUACGCAAUUACGCUUACGAAGGAGGCGGCAGCACUGCCGGAUCAUUGUCAUCAUUAAACACAGGUACCGAAGACGAUCACCAAGACUACGAGUACUUGGUGUCUUGGGGUUCGCAUUUUGACAAGCUGGCUGACAUGUACAGCCGGGAUGGCGAACGCGAGAUGGACGAGGAACAGUAGAAGAGAUGAGAAACACAUUUACAGCUGACUGUUGUGUAGAAUAUAAUAUUAUUAUUGUCUUCAUCAUCAUGACGUAUAUCACACCACACGGGUAGUACGCGUCUUGUCGUAUUAAUAAUAAAUAAUAUGCAUAAUAAUAAUAUUUUCGUUAAACAUACACACAGAGCCGCUAUAAUUGAACUGAAAAUCUAGUCAUGAUUAAUUUUUUUAAUUUUUUUUUUUACUAAGCCCACUUUAUAUACAUUAUUAUUAUUAGACGAUCUCAACUCCCAUUUUUGCUGCCAUUUUAUUAUAAUAUUAUAUAAAAUAUGCUUACCGUUUAUCGUUUGUGUUUUACCGUAUUAUAAUAUUAUAUUAUACUACAUAAUAAUAAUAUUAUAAUACCUAUUUCAGCAGUGAUUUACAUUGUUGUGUCACUACUACCCCACUAUAUACCCCACUGCCCCACUGCAGGACUAAAUGAUAAUUAUUAAGAUAUAUUAUGCAUAAUACAUUAGAACCUCGUCGUACCCUUCUCAUACUGCGAAUUUUUGUUUUUUCUUUAAAAAAAUGUUUCCCCAUCGUCAUUAACCCUUUUCAUAAUUUUUAAAGU